AUUCAUUGAGUUACAAAUGUAGGUAAAAACCAAUGAAAAACACGAAGGGAUUCAUACUUUAUAACAAGUUGUCAGGUCUGCAGAUAUAGGUAUUACAUAGUAAAAUCAUUUAUCCUCGUUAAAGCGUCAUCAUUACAGUGUUCUACAUCAAUCUACCAGGUCUGCAGUAGUAACUGAUCAUUGCUAAAUAAAGUAUUAACUAUUCAUAGAGUGAUUGAUGACAGUUUAUUGAGCCUUUAUACCUGGAGCCUUGGCUGGUGACAGAUGUUCUACCACUAACACUGAGCAGCAGCUGGAACGUUACCGUCACAUACUGUAGGGGUUUCCCUUAUAUCAGCUGAACACAGGACGGCACCAUCGCCCUGUUGUGUGGGGGCACACGCUGACACAAAACCUCCACAGAUCAAAUAAGUACUCGUAAAUGUGCCAACAAACAGGAAGUAUUUAAAAUGUAUAAAUCAGCAGAUGAUUUGAGUUAACUUGUGCUGUUUUGUAUUUUUUUUGUUUUGAUCGAACACCCCCACAAACCAGGGAGCGUGGAUGGUUCCUAAAAUGGCGGCGGUUUCUGUCAGUGUGGAGUGAAACUUUCUUAUUUUUAGCGAAUAUUAGGCGCUUUUCAGGCUCCCUUUGUCGACUGGGCUCGUGUGUUCAGUGAUAUAACAUUUACCAGGACCCAGGGGCGUGUGGCUGAGGUCGUUCGGGCCGACUGGUGUCACCCUGGGCUCCGUGUUUGAUCGUCAAACCGCCGGGCUUCCCUCGAAGUUGACGGCGGCUGAGUGCCUGGCUGACAUUGCGAUCAUUCCGACUGUUGUUGUCAUCGGAUCGCUCAACGCGGAACCGUCGGCGAACACGAGACGUCUCCGUGUAGCUAGCUAGCCUAUCGGGCCGGCGGAGUGGGUGAGGGCAGGUCUAAGAUCCUGAGGCCGUGUCACGUCAGCUGUCAGUGGACACCGAGGCGCUGUUGGAUGUCACGACGGUGCAGUGUCAGGCGGGAUUUGGUUUGCUAGCAUCGUCCACUCUGGCAAAUCAAAUGGAGAAGCUCCAGGACCUGAGCCAAUCAGAGCUACAGGAGCUCCUGGACAACCCGGAGAGGGUGGAGUCUAUGGCGCUGGAGUCCGACGAGAUCCAGAACAUUCAGCUGGAGCGAGAAAUGGCGCUGGCAUCAAAUCGCAGCCUUGCUGAGCAAAACCUAGACAUGAGGCCUCGUCUGGAGUCACAGAAGGAGGGGCUGGUGGAGAGAUACUCUCAAUUAGAGGCCGUCAGAGACACCUACAGACAGCACUGCUCCCUGAGAGAUGGUAUAGUGGGUCAGGUGUCUCCAGAGGCGUUGUUCUCCAGACUACAGACAGAGGGCGGCAAAACAGAGGAAGAGUCAGAGGCUCUAGCUGAUGAGUUUCUGGAGGGCUCUCUUCCGCUGGACUCCUUCUUUGACCGUUUCCUCUCCCUGCGCUCCCUCGCUCACAAAAGACGAGUACGGAUAGAGAAACUGCAGGAGAUCCUGCGGCAGAGGAGCGAGGGCAAUCCCACAACCAUGACAUCAUCAGCAGGCAUCAGCCAGGAUCCUGCUGCCACGCCCUCACCGUGGAAUCAACAGACGACAACUACAACAACAACAAAUCAGCAGCAGCCGAACUCCAGUUACCAAAACGCAUCUCAGCCGGCCUCCUCAUCUGCAGGGUGCUGCCCCGGCCUACCCUACAGUCCAUAUCCUGUCUCCCCACCCAAUGCCCCCCCUGCAGCAGCGGCAGCAGCCUCUGGCCCAGCCAAUCCACCAUCACAAUUCUCUCCUUACCCAGGUUCCGGCUCACCUUUCGGCCCCCCAGGUAGCUUCUCUGGCCCCAGGCCCACUUUUGGGCCUCCGGCAUCAGCCACCUGCCCUUACCCUACUCAGCCCUCCUUCCCUGCACCACACCCAGGCUCAGCAUUUGGCCAGUACACCCCAAGCCACCCCCAGAGUGGCCCUGCCCCCUACCCGGCCUCCUACAGCUAUGGUGGCUACAGCUACCCUGCAGGGGCCCCCUAUUCCAGUUCUCAGUCACCAACGGGGCGACCCAUCUACAGACCAGGAUAUGGAGUUCCACAGCCAUACUCCUGAAAGCACUACUGCUCCUGUGUCUAAAUUUUUCUUCUCAAUUCUUCCCUUCUUUACUGUCUCCCCCUUAUUUUCUUCCCUCCCUCCCUGAGCUCUCUCUCCCCUUACCCAAAGUCCUUGUCCCCUUCUUGUCUUUUUACCUUUUCUACCCCCCCCUUCCUGUCUCCCAUGCUCCCAGAUUCAAGAAGUGUCGCUUUACUUAUCUUUGUUGCACUAUUUCUCUCUUUCUCUGAAUAUCAGUCUGUUGAUCUCUGUCUUUCUCUCUUUCCUCUUCCCUUUCUCUGUCACCUUACUUCCCCCCCACUCCCCCACACUAGUCUCAGGUUGUUACGUUGUCUUCAAAUGUUAAAACACUUGUAUCUGUCCCUUCAUACACUCCCUCUCUCCACCCACCCCCUCAUCCUCCUCUUCCAUGUCAAGUGUGUGUGUUGCUAUCGGGCAAUCAGAAAGACCUUAUAAACACACAAGUGCACUCCCCCUUGAGACAAAUGCAUGACAGAAAUCGGUCUUUGUAACAAGACAUCAGUGUCCAGUAACCGUCUGCUUCACGCAGAGUCUGCACUGAGAAGCAGCUCACAAUGGGAAGCUCGCGUCCCAGUUUCACCUCCAUAGGGCUCAUACAAAGCAGUUAAAAUGGGAAAGUGAAUGGCUGGCACACAGUAUGGCUCAUAUAGGUUAAUUUAAGGACAGGGUUUCGAGGGAAUCAUUUUCUCAGCUUUUGCUGCCUCAUUUAUCAGCUCUUCCACACACUUACCUACUCCAAACAUAAAUGUGGGAGGUGAAUUUCAUUAUUCACACUGACACAAGAAUCAUCAGUAACCCUUUAUUUUCUUUAACCAAAGACGACGACUUUGCUUUGUUUUGUCUCUUUGAUUUUUUUGUUGACAGAGGCUGUUUAAAGCAGCAAACUCAAACAUCACUGUGAAGGCCCAGAGAGACUGUGUGGAGAUAUAGUGACUGCUCACAGGGGAUAGAACAGCAGAACCACUGGAGAGAACAACAGUUGUGUACCAAGGUUCUUUUUCUUCCAUCAUCAUCUCACAAAAGAGAGAAAAAAACCUCUCAGAUGUAAAGGGACCUAUCAGAUCGUAGCGGGGAAAAGAUUUAUUUGUACCAUAGACUGAUGUGUCCUGACCGUGUGUGUACCAUGUCUCUGUGUAGAGAAGUUUAUGCUCUGACAGAGGACCUUGAAUUAAACUCAGUUUAAUCAGAGCUAAACUCUGUCCAGACAGGAUGCUGUUGGUCAGUGGUGCAAAUGUGUGUUUCCCAGUUGAACUGUGAGCCUUGAUACUGCUGUUCCUACAGCUCAGACUGGCAAUAACAUAGUGCUGUGGCUCCAGUGUCGGCAGCUCGCUGAGUGUCAGCUCAGCUUGUUUUCAUGUUGUGCAGGAGAGAUGCUAACAGUUACUAUAAAUGUCUCACACUAGAGCUACUGAGCAGCCUCAGCAGCAGGUUUGGAAAUGACCCCAAGUCUAUUUUAAACCACACAUUCUAAGCCUCCAUGUGCUUUCCAUAGGGCAUGCUAGUCCUACAUUCAAGUGUGCAGUGUUCCCCCUCUUGUAGGUCUUUGUUUGAGCUCUACUGGCCUCUGAGAAAAACCAUGAUCACACAGUGCUAUCUAUGUGACUUGUGCUGGUGAGCAGGCAGUGGAUAGAUGCUUUAUCAGACCCUUUUCUCUCAAUGCUGCUGCUGCUGCUGCUCAAAACAAGGUUGAUGAGUUUGGUUGGAAAGACUAAAGACUAAACACAUUAUGCUAAAAGAGGUUUUUGAAAGACUUAGCUGUGUUGAGUAAUAAGCAGAGUAAUAAUGCUAAUUCACUGUCAGUGUUGAAAAAAUAACUGUUGCCGUUUAAGGUAAGGGAAGGUUUGUUCAAAACCUAAAUACAGCGUUUUUAAACAAACCUUUCCUUCCUGUCGGCAGCGAGUUAAACAUUUGGAGCCUUCUCUACAGUGUGUCUCCUUUCCUUUACCCAGAUAAAGAUGGCAACUGGACAUGAAGGGAGCUUUUCAUUUUCAGUCCUCAGCUGUCUAUGGUGCCAUAUCUUCUAUAUAUUUAGCUAAUUCCAUAAAAAUAACAAGGCACAGAGGGAGCUCUGACACAUGUUUGUACCAUUUACAGAAUGUGAUACUGUGGAAGACAGAUGUUUGCUACAUGUUAGGUUGUCCACCUUUCCAAUAUACAGUACUGUUUAUUGGACAGGUGAAUUAGUGUAAUCCCCACUGAUACAGUGUGUCAUUUAAUGCUAAGAGCCAGAAAAAUGAAAAAGUAUUCUGUGUAUUUGAGGUGUUAUUAGUGAAAUAUAGAUUGUGUGAUUGAUAUGUAGGGGGAGUCACAGAGUACCUGAGACAAUGAUACCUGCUGCUGCCCCCCCACCCUCAGCCUCACCACCUCAUCUGUCCUCGUCUCCUCUCCAUCACUCUCCUCCUCUCCAUCAGUCUCCUCCUCUCCAUCAGUCUCCUCCUCUCCAUCACUCUCCCCCUCUCCAUCAGUCUCCUCCUCUCCAUCAGUCUCCUCCUCUCCAUCACUCUCCCCCUCCCCACACCUGCUUGUUGAACAUGAACUGAUGCUUGACAAUGAUUAUCAGAAGAAAAAUGUGUUAUUUCUACAAAUUCAAACAAAACAUGUGUUUUGUAUAGUUUAAUGGAGAGAAAAUGUAAAGGUUGGCGUUCAGUUCUGUGUCAAUUGAAUCAACUCAAAUAAUAUCCCCUGGAACUGCAAUCUAGGUAACGGAUGAGUGAUCAUUGAAUGACAUUUUAGAAGAAGAUACCACCUGUCUAAAGUCUAUUACACUUCUGAAUGACCAUCAAACUAAUCAUGUUUGAUAUGUUUUACAUCUCGUCUCAGCUGUAUUAUCCCAUACACACUGGUUGCUGCAACAGUUUCUGAAUAUAACACUUUCCUUCUGUUUGAAUAAGACAAGUUUUAUGUUGAAGUGAUUGAAUUGAAUCUAAAUUUGCCCCAGCCUCUAAAAUACUGUACUGCUAUUAACACUUCUAUUAACACUAGUGCUUUUAUGUCUACAAAAGCAGAAGAAGGGAAUCAUUGAAGGGAGCUGGAACUGAGUGCUAAAAUGAGCUGGUAAAGAGAAUUGAACGGCAGUAUUGCCACAAUAGUUAUUGGCUUAUUGGCAACACAUCGUCUAUCAGCAAGUACAUUUUUCCAUCAGGACAAUGUAGGUCAGAGAUUGUUUACCAGAGAAUUUAGAUUCUUUUGUCAGAAACAACUUUAAACUGCUGGAGUACUUAAGAUGUCCCAGCUGCAGUAUCACCAGUGGUGGAACAGUGAGACGCUCAUGAAAGUGUCUUUUCUGUGACUAAAGUUAAUAAGAGUCUGCUUGUGUUCCAGUUUAUUGACCAUAUCCACAGAUCAGUUUAUAAUAAUUGAUACAAAACCUCAGUGUGCUCAUAGAUAUUUCUUUUAAUGUCCCAGUGAAACAGAUGUCAGAGCUGUGUAAGUCCCCAUAUUUAUGUCUGAUAAAAACAUGACGCAUGGCUCCACUUUAUGUCUCUUCAUAUUCAGAGCUUCACUUGAGUGUUUGCUGUGAAAAAUGAAAGCUUUAGUUUGAAGAGGACAGUGGACGUUUCCUACAGAUCACUAAACAAGAUGGUACUAUAAAAGCCUUCAUGUGGCAGAUGUUUAGAUUUCCUUGUGGAUCACUGAUAAACUAGCUGCACUCACACAGUGUUGUAGCAGAAAGGCUGUGACACAAGGGUGGAUGUUUGGGCCAAUCCGCCACCUGCUGAUCAACGCAUGUUGUGUUCACACCAAACGCGAUGCUAUGCUUUCACAAAAUGAGAUUACAUGACAAGACCCAAAUAGAUGACAAUUUCAAAUCACUUGGGACGGGCAACACAAAGAGGCAAAAUUCAUGCGAUUCUCUUCAAGGCCUGGGCACGCGUACACAAAUGUUCAAUUCCAAUCAGCGAAUUAAACAUAAAACAUUUGUUUCCUGUGGCAAGGCAAAUUGCAGUUUGGGUUCACAGGGGCUUAUACUUUGUUAUAUGUGACCGUGCCCUGGAGAUAAAAUACUUAAAUUUGAACAAAAAUUUGUGUGACGCGGUGUUGCAAAUGCCAAUCGGCAUUGAGAAUGAAAGCUCAACAGGUCAUCAAAAUGGCCACUGGUCAGCCUCAGGGUAGCGCUGGAAACAGCAGUCAUCCAGACAUCUACUGGUGGAGAUAGUUGCCGAUCUGUGUGCGCCUCCUGGUGGUCGUGUGGUUCCACACAUGAUGGUGCUGGCUUCUCCAGUCGUUCUCGUCUCCUUUUUCUCCCAGAACAGGAGAAUGUUCAAGGGUUGUGUUUACCUGCAUUGCUCGAGUGAGUAGUGCUUGUAAACACAGGUGAUGCUGCAGCCAAACUUGCGCCAGUAAUACAAGGUGAAAAAUUGCCUGGCGUUUUGUGAGAACACAGCAUAAGGUGAAGGAGUCUUAUUGCCUCCGAAUAAUUGUAGUUUAUUCACAAACCAGUCUUUAUAACAGAUUAAUGAGCUGUAACUAAAGCACUAUUUAUGGUUAAUAAUAAUACUAAUGCUUCAUAAAUGACUUUGUUAUGAAACCUUAUAAGUUAGAGGUUAUAAAAUAAAAACAACAAAAAUCUCUGCUGACAGUUUCAGCUCUUCAUGAAGCCAUCACUCAGUUAUAUGUGAAGGUCUGCAGACUCCUUUCAGACUUGACAUUUAUUAAAUCAGGUUGCACCAUUAAAACUUACGGAGUCAUUGUCUUAACAAGGAGAAACUUUAGCCAUGUGUGCAAAGAGCACUGUCCAAUCAAGAGCGGUAAUUUGUGUAAACAGGAAGUCACUGAAGCAUUGAGCGCUAUGUCCUGGAUCCAAACAUUAAAAUUCAACUUGAACUGUCUUUGUUGUAUUCCUGUCUGCACACAUGGUGACAACUGAGUGUUUCAGAGUUCCCAGUGAUAAUGCAGAUUAGAAAGAUCUAUUUAACAUAGUAUAAUAUAAUAUUUAGUAAAUUGACGUAUAUUACAGUACAUUGUAUUAGUAAAAUGUGAUUUCAAAUCUUCUCAGAUCAUAUCAGAAUUGAAUUGUCUGGUCAAACUGGUGAAACUGCCCAUAUUUUGGCCGAUAACAUUUAAUUCUGGGCUCCAUUAGAAUAGAUUUACAUGUUGUAAUGUACAAAAUACACAUUCAUUGUCUCAUACUGUCAACUACUGCAGCAACUGUCCAAAAUGUCUGUUUUAAUUAUUGGUCCUCCUCCCAAAAAGCCCAGUCUUCUGUGGUUGGUCUGUUGGCCCACUGUUGAUUGGUCAGUUGCUUAGAACACGUUGGAAAUUGAACAGCCCCUAUGCUCUUACUCAGAGGCUUGCUGAUCAGCUCUAUCUAACCCCAAAUAAUUGGUAAAUGAUUGGUUAACCAUUAAUAAGCCAUUAGAUACCAGGUAUAAACAGCCUUACUAGACUUUGUUCACCAACAAUACACAAACAAACAUGAGAUCUAUCAGCAGGUCCGACAGAUAAUCUGGCAGCAUAGUGCAUGUGAAUGUGCAUGCACCACCUGAAGCCCCCACCUCCCCACAGUGAAGACACUUGUGUGUUUAUCUGCUCACAGGAAACUAUGUGCAUGAAGAAUAUAAGACCUGUUGAUGUCCUGUUACUGGACCACUACUCACAUCAUUUUCUUUACUUCUGCUUCCUCGGUUUUAUUCCAGUCUUACCGUGUACUCACCACACAGACACACACACAUAACAGCACUGUCCCAGCUGGCUACAUUGGGCUUUGCAUCUGCACAACAAGACGACUCCGCUCCAUAUGAAGAUACUGAAAUACUCUGAGCAUGACGAGCUCUUCAUGUCCGUCUUUAAGAGCUGAAUGAUGUAGUGGGUUUGUACUGUGUGUCCCACAGAGACGCUGACAGUCAUAAUAGUAUUACAGUGUUUUAGAAGAAGCACAAGGGAGAUGUUCUAUUAUAGCCUAGUAUUAAUAUUAUCCAGAGGGAAAUAACAUUGAGAUGGGUGUAUCUGUUCCGAUACUGAGGAAUUAUAUGAUGAUUAUGAUGACUGUAGAUUGUUAAAGAGCCUUUUUGUUUUUUGUUCUCAUUUUUUGGGGGUUGUGAAUAAUUAAACUGAAAUUGAUCUAA